AUGCCGCCCUCAAUAUGUGCCAUUUGUGAGACCAACAGGGCACUUAUAAUUCGGCCAAAGAACCACCAAAAAUUAUGUAAAGUCUGUUUUAUCCAAAUUUUCGAAGACGAAAUCCACCACACCAUCACAACCACGAACCUCUUCACCCCAGGAGAUAGAAUCGCUAUAGGCGCAUCUGGAGGCAAAGACUCUACAGUACUCGCCUCUGUCCUAAAAACCCUCAACGAAAGACACAACUAUGGCCUUGACCUCGUCCUCCUCUCCAUCGACGAAGGAAUCAAAGGCUACCGCGAUGACUCGCUCGAGACCGUCAAGCGCAAUGCCGAGCAAUACGAGAUGCCACUGAAGAUAGUCGGCUACGACGAACUCUAUGGCUGGACUAUGGACCAGGUUGUAGCGACCAUCGGCAAGAAGGGGAACUGCACAUACUGCGGUGUCUUCCGGCGCCAGGCGCUCGACCGCGGGGCAAACAUGUUAGGCAUAAACCACGUCGUGACUGGCCAUAAUGCCGACGAUGUCGCCGAGACCAUCCUAAUGAACCUCCUCCGAGGCGACCUACCGCGGCUGGCCCGCAGCACGAGCAUUAUAACUGGAGACGCCACAUCUUCCGUCCGCCGCAGCAAACCGCUCAAGUACGCAUAUGAGAAGGAAAUCGUGCUCUACGCACAUCACAAGAAACUGGACUACUUCAGCACGGAGUGCAUAUACAGCCCCGAGGCCUUCCGCGGCUCAGCACGAACUCUCAUCAAAGCUCUCGAACGCGUACGACCCUCUGCCAUCCUCGAUGUCGUUCGUAGUGGCGAGGAUAUGGCGAAGCUCGUUCCCGCCGAGGUGACAGGGGGUCCUAAGUGCGCUGGCCGCAAAGCGGAGGUUCUUGCCGCGGACCGCGAGGAGGAAGAGGGUGCGGGUGGCUGCGGCAGCGGGAACGGGCGUAGUAGCGGCUCUGAGAUGGCUGAUAUGGAGAAGCAGCUGAGGGAGAAUGAGGGUGCAGGUGCGAGAGAGGUGGAAAUCACAAGUGCGCAGGUGUCGAGGCGGCGGGAUACGAAUAGUAGCAUGGCGAGCUCGCGGCCGGGGAAUCUGAGGAAGGAGGUUAUGGGGAGGAAGUUGCCCAGACAGACUCUGGGAACGUGUCAGAGGUGUGGGUAUAUGUCUAGUCAGGCGAUAUGCAAGGCAUGCACGCUGCUGGAGGGGUUGAAUAAAAAUAGGCCGCAGGUGGAAAUCGAGGUUGAUGCGGAGGAUGAGGAUGAUAGCUCGACGCUGAGGAGGAAAAUGGAGGGGAUAGCGUUGACGGCAGGAUAG